GAGAUUGGUUGGUUUGAGUACAAAGGUCAUUGCUAUAUACAAGUUCAAGGUCGAUACACUUGGGAUGAAGCAAAGAAUGAAUGCGAAAAAAUGUGUUCUUAUCUGGUAGAGAUUGACUCUCAGGAUGAAAAUGACUUUCUAACCACGACAAUAAUAAACAAAGAUAACUGUGGCACAGAGACGGACUACAAGUGCUCCUCCUGGACCGGGGGUAAUGAUAUCGAGAUGGAGGGUGGGUACGUGUGGGACCAUUCAUACACAGACCUGAACUUCACCAACUGGUCCCCACAGGAACCUAGCGAAGUAAACCCAGACAGUGCCCUCUCAAGAGACUGCAUUGAUAUUAAAAAGUCUGGGUUUUGGGUCGACCGACCCUGCUCCACUUUGAACUCGUUUGUUUGUGAGAAGUUUUUCGAGGAUUUUGGCGAUUUCAAAGUAGAUUUUGAUAUGAAGUAAUGAUUAUAACGAGGCUCGGGUUACAGUUUUUGUACUAAAAGUCAUUUGAGAGAAAAUAUUGUUUUUUUUCUGUGUCGUUCAGAACAAAAUUCGUCUAUGUCAGAUGUAUUGAUUCAGAUACCUAUCAUUAACACGUAUAAAUAAUAAUUCCGAAACGUUCAUAUAUGCAGAAUAUUUGAAGGCUAGUGUCCUGUCCAUUAAAAUAAUGUCUUAUAGUUAAUGGAUAUA